UGAGCGAGCAUUGGGGAUUUUGGGCCGCCGAGUCCAAAACCUGACACUCAUCAUCACACUAAAAUCCUACGUAUCGACGACUUCAUUCUCACAAGGUUGAAACUGAGUAUCGUCGAAUAUCGCAGAAAAAAAUGGAUGAGAUUGAGAUUGAGAUUGAGGAGGGACUGGAGGGUGCCCCCGAAAUAGAGGGAUUUCAGAUCGAUCAGUUCCUCUACGAAGUCGAAGGAGAAGAAGAAGAAGAAGAAUUCGAUCACCCGUUUUUUCACUCUCCAUCUACUUCUCCCACUUCUCAAGAUCCACCUAAUAAUGGUAUUGGCAUUGGCUCAUCCGAUGAAUUCACUUUCAAUACAAGUAUCGCCUCUUUGCAUACAUAUCUUGGUGAUGUUGAAGACACGCGCCAUAGAACUGCUUUCUUGGAUGCUGGUGCUACAUUCAACCUUCCACUCUUUUCUCUCCAAGGAGUUGUACUCUUUCCUGGGGCCACUCUUCCCCUUAGGGUUACUGUUCCCCGUUUUGUGGCUGCUAUUGAGAGAGCUUUGAGUCAAGUUGACGUUCCUUACACCAUUGGUGUGGUUCGGGUUCACAGAGAUACCGAAAGUUUUACGAUGCAGGCGGCAAGCACUGGGACAACUGCUGUGAUUCGACAGUAUGGGCGCCUAGAGGAUGGUUCACUAAAUGUGGUUACCCGUGGACAACAACGAUUUCAUCUAAGGCGGUCUUGGAACGACGUUGACGGAGUGCCUUACGGAGAGAUCCAAAUUAUUGAGGAAGAUCUACCAUUGAGAACUCCAAGGGGCAUUUUUGGCAAAUCAGCAUCAUCAAGUAAUAUGCCUUGCAGCCAUGUUAAGAUGCAUGGCUUAAAAAAUGGACAAAACAAUUCAGAUGCAAAUCCAGAUGAGGAUUUUGAGAGUGAGCUUUCACCAACGGAAAGGAAGGCCCAUCUAUCAGCCAUUGGUUCCAGUUCUGCGUCGGGUAUGGCGGAUGUAUCAGCGAACAGCAGCGGUGUUAACUUCAUGCAUAACUCAGAUCAGGAAAUAAGAUCCAAUUUGGAUUUGAGCAUUGAAAAAUGUUCCACUUCUGGAAAGCAGUCAUCCAAAGAAGAGCUUAAUAGAUGCUACAAGAAUAUACAAUCGUAUAAGAUUUCAAAAGCAUUCUGGCCCCACUGGGUUUAUCGUAUGUACGACUCCUAUUGGCUUGCACAAAGGGCAGCAGAUAUGUGGAAGCAAAUAGUUGGGGUACCUAGUAUGGAUAGUCUCGUCAAGAAGCCUGAUGUUUUAUCAUUUCAUAUCGCCAGUAAAAUACCUGUUUCUGAAUCUACAAGGCAGGACCUUUUGGAUAUCGAUGGCAUCACAUAUAGGUUGCGCAGGGAAAUUGAACUACUAGAUAGCAUUGAUCUUGUCCGAUGUAGAAUAUGCCAGACUAUAAUUGCAAAACGAAGUGAUAUGUUGGUGAUGUCAAAUGAGGGUCCUCUUGGUGCCUAUGUGAAUCCUGGUGGUUAUGUCCACGAGAUAAUGACUCUUUACAAGGCCAAUGGCUUAUCUCUCGUUGGGCACGCAGUUACAGAAUACAGCUGGUUUCCUGGAUAUGCAUGGACAAUCGCUAAAUGUGCUACAUGUAGAACCCAAAUGGGAUGGCUUUUUACAACCACCAACAAAAAACUGAGGCCUGAUUCAUUUUGGGGUAUUCGGAGCUGUCAAGUUGCAGAAGAAAUACGCAGAAACCUUUAGUUUUACUAUGUAAUUAAUAGUGGCCUUAUAGUUACGAGGUUCAUAUGAAUGCGUUAAUCUAGCUUAGUGUGGAAACCUGUGUUCAUAAAGCACUAUAUGGUGCUGUUAUGUACGUAAUAUAUAGUGCAAUGCUCAUGUAGCAAAGUGCAUGGUUAUAUUAUGUUAAUAGUUUAACAAGUUAAUGAAAAAUUAUUAUUGUGCAAACUAAAA